CACCAUGACAGAUUACGGCCAGGAGCAGCGCAACGAGUUGGAGGCUCUGGAGUCCAUCUACCCCGGCUCCUUCACAGUAUUAUCAGAAAAUCCACCCAGCUUCACCAUUACCGUGACGUCGGAGGAUGGCGAAAAUGACGAAACUGUGCAGACUACUCUGAAGUUUACAUAUAGAGAAAAAUACACUGAUGAAGCUCCCCUUUAUGAAAUAUUCUCCCAGGAAAAUCUAGAAGAUAAUAAUGUCUCUGACAUUUUAAAAUUACUGGCAUUGCAGGUUGAGGAGAAUCUUGGCAUGGUAAUGAUCUUCACUCUCGUGACAGCCGUUCAGGAAAAGUUAAAUGAGAUAGUAGACGAGAUAAAAACCAGAAGAGAGGAAGAGAAGAAACAGAAAGAAAAGGAAGCAGAAGAAACAGAGAAGAAACUGUUCCAUGGCACUCGUGUUACAAUUGAGAAUUUCUUGAGUUGGAAGGCCAAGUUUGAUGCAGAGCUCCUGGAAGUUAGAAAGAAGCAGAUGAAAGAAGAACAAGCAGGGAAAAAUAAACUAAGUGGGAAGCAGUUAUUUGAAACAGAUCAUAAUCUUGACACAUCUGAUAUCCAGUUUCUGGAGGACGCUGGGAACAACGUGGAGGUGGAUGAGUCCUUGUUUCAGGAAAUGGAUGACUUGGAACUGGAGGAUGGUGAGGAUGAUCCCGACUACAAUCCUGUUGCCCCAGGGAGCGACUCCUCAGACUGACAGACUGUCCCUGACUCCAGAGAGGCAUGCCUGCCACAGCAUCUGUGGCUAUGCUCAGAGGGUUUGGAUCUUCCUUUCGUUU